AUGUCGUCUCAUGACAGCGCCGGAGAUGGAGAGGAAGAAGACGACUACAUGAACAUGACCUUCGAAGAAACUGCACCUUCCACGAAGACCGAGACUCUUACCCAGCGGAAGAAGAGACUGGCCCGUGAGGCUGAGGCCAAGAGCCGUCCCAAAUCCAAGGCCGAACUGGCAAAAGAGGAGCAGGACAAGAGAGAAGCCGCUUUGAGCUCCAACACGCUGGACACAACCAACAAGGGUUUCAAGAUGAUGGCCGCUUUGGGCUACAAGGCGGGAACAGCGUUGGGCGCAACUCGAAACACUACAAAGGGUGCAAAGGAUGAUCGCCUACUGGAACCCAUCGGGCUGGAAAUGCGAGACUCUCGUUCCGGUAUUGGUGCAGACGCAGAAAAGAAGCGGAAGAUCAGAGAGGAAGUGGAAGCACUGCGAGCCGGGGACAAGAAGAGGAAGGUCGAGGCUGGCGAGUUCCGGGAAAGGCAGCAGAGGGAGCGGGAAGAGAAGAGGAUGGAAGGGCAGAUGUGGGGUGCCAUGAAGGUCUGCGAGAGACUGGAGGAGGAGGACGAGGCACAACAGUCUUCAGCCGAGAAACCGGACGCGGCGAGACCGAAAAGAACGAAGCCGUUGAAGAGUGCCAAUGUAUUAUGGCGGACGCUUGUGAAGCAAAGGGCGAUCAAUGAUCGAGACCGAAGAAUGAGAUACGACCUCCACCAGUCGUUGUCGCGGCGUCCUGACUACAACGACGCAGACGAGGACAAAGAGGACCAAAUGGCGCUCGCCAAGAAAGCAGAAAUUGAAGAGGUCGAUGUCGAUCUGGACGAGGAUGACACCGAGUUGGAUGAAUAUGAAGCCCUCGAAGUGGCAGAGAAAGUGGAAAGGCUGGUAGCAUACCUCCGCGAGAAGUGGCACUACUGCUUCUGGUGCAAGUACAGAUACGCAGACGAGAACAUGGAAGGAUGUCCAGGCACGACCGAGGCGGAUCACGACUGA